AUCUCAAGAUAUGGUGCAUUGCAAACGGAAUUUCCAAGAAAAAUACAAUUUUGCAUGUUUGAUUUCGAACGCACUUGAUGGAAGGGCUUCAGAAUUAUAGUAAAAUGUACCUUUAAGUUAUCUUUUUAGACCAUGAACGUUUUUUAUCGUUUGCCAUUUGAUUGCACAGUGUAACAAAAUCAGAUAACAUGUCGAGAUAAAACCACAGCAAUUUCGGAUUACUUCCGACGUUCUGGUGAAAAUUACUACAUUCGUUAUGUUGCAUUGAGAACUAUAGCAAUUCCCGAUUGCUGAAAGGGAAAGUAUAGAUGUCUCUCUCUUCUCAGUUGCAUUGAAUUCUCCCAUUUCUUCUCUUUCCACAAAUUUAUUACAUUUGAUUUUCGUAAAGUGAUCAUCACCGCAAUACUAAAUGACUUUUCAAGAGAAAUAAGGUAAUUACUUCCAAACUAUUAACUACAGGUUUUUCCUUUGGCAUUUCAAUCAAUUAUAAUUCAAAGUCAGCUUUUGUACCAACUACACGAAUGGCACGUUCACAAGACUAUGUCUAUCACAUCAUAACAUUGAGACAAAAAUGUUGGUCAUAUUUAUUCUGUUUAUGUGUCCUUGUUUAGGAGCACCAACCUUUUCUCAACCAAGUAUGUUAAAAAGAGCAUUUAGAGCAUGGCCAGUAUCACACUCGAUCAGAUUGAAGUGUCAAGCGACUGGAGUGCCACCUCUCAAAUACACAUGGCUAAAGGACGGAAUGAAAAUGCCCAGCCGAAGGAUGGACCCAUAUCUUAGCACGUCCAUUUGGUACCUAAAACUGAAAAAUCUAGUGCCCAACGACUCAGGGAAAUACACUUGCAUAGUGUCCAAUCCAUAUGGCAGUAUAAAUCACACUUACACGCUUCAGGUUGUUGCUAAACCACGAUCACGGCCCAUCUUACAAAAAAGCUCUCCAAAGAAUACAACCGUACAGAUUGGAGAUAAUGCAACAAUGACAUGCAUUGUGCUUGUUAGUGGAACACUUCCAGAUUUCAGAUGGCUGAAAUGGGACAAAUCUGUCACAUCAACAAAGAAAAUUAGGGAAGACUUGGAGAACGGAUCAUACCGCAUUAUAGACCCACAUUCUUACAAGAUUAUCCGAGUCAAGGGCCAUUUAGGUUGCCAAUUGACAAUAACUAAUGUCAAAGAGGAAGAUUUGGGACUCUACACUUGCUAUGUGAGCAAUCAUGUCGGCAAGGAUUACAGCAGUGCUUUCCUUAGCAAAGAUGGGAAACCCAGGGCUCCCGUUAAAGUGAGAGUACCACUGAAGAAUUGUAAAGAUAUCUGAGGACAGCACUGGAGGACCGGCUUUAACUGA